AAAAAUCAAAGUCCAAACAAAAAUCCUCUCCCAAUCUCGGCUUCACUCUUCUCAUGGACGCUCUCAUUGCUCAGCUUCAGAGACAAUUUCGUGAUUACACCAUUUCUCUCUACCAACAGGGUUUUUUGGAUGAUCAAUUUACUGAGUUGAAAAAGCUACAAGAUGAUGGAAGUCCUGAUUUUGUGGCUGAAGUGCUGACUCUUUUCUUUGAAGAUUGUGUGAAACUUAUCAGUAACAUGGCUAGAGCUUUGGACAAGACAACAGGAACUGUAGAUUUUAGUCAGGUAGGUGCUAGUGUGCAUCAAUUGAAGGGUAGUAGCUCAAGUGUUGGUGCCAAGAGGGUCAAAGCGUUGUGUGUUAGCUUCAAGGAAUAUUGUGAAGCUAAGAACUACGAAGGGUGUGUGAGAUGUCUGCAGCAAGUGGAUAUCGAGUACAAGGCGUUAAAGACAAAGCUUCAAGAUAUGUUCAAUGUUCAAUCAGAUGAAAGUUUUCAUCUUUGUAGUCAAAAUGUCUCGGAGUCUUCGUGUGUGUGGUUACUAGAGGAUUCAUUCUGGUGUUUGCUUUAUUUGAUAAGGAUUUUGAGGUCUUGCUUGGUUUCAAUGUCAAUAAAAGAACCAUCUUUUAUGACUGAGAUUGUUGAGGAUCGUGAGAAUGAGAUGGAUGAAGCUGCAACGAGCUUGGUUAUGUUUUCUGAACAAGUUUAUGACUUUGAUUUGCCUCCUAAUGAUGAUGAUGAAACCAAGGAUUUAGAUCAGCUCACACCUAUACAAGAGAAGAUCUUAGAUUGUGUUGAGUGGAUACUAGACUUGAGGGAAAUGAUUUCUCACUCGGGUUUCGAAAAGUCUACAACUUGCAGUGAUGUUGUUGCUGCUCAAGCAUUACCUAAAUUGCAGAGUAACUCAAGUCGUAAAUGCAUUAUAUGUGGCAAGAGUUUUGGGUGUUAUCAAGCUUUAGGUGGUCACCAAAGAGUUCACAGACCGAUUAGAGGGAAAUUAGUGCGUCAAAGGGAGUAUACUAAAGAUGAUAAUUCCUUGUUUGAGUCAUCAGAUGCUAAGAAGAUUGUUUCAAAACCAUCAAAAUUUGAAGUCUCUAAGGAGGAGAAGAUCUUAGAUUGUGUUGAGUCGAAACAAGAGUUCAGCGAACUGCUUCCUCGGAAAAGUAAGUCGCGGAAAAGACCUGAGAGUAGCUCCUGCUAUGAAUGUAAGAUAUGUGGAAAGAGUUUUGGGUGUUAUCAAGGUCUAGGUGGCCACACAAAACUUCACAGAUCGAUGAAAGGGCAAUUGGCGCGUACUCAAGAUGAUAAUUCACUGUUAGACUCAUUAGAAGCUAAGAAGAUUGUUUCACAACCAUCAAGCUUUGAAUUCUCUCCAGAGGAGAACAUCUUACAUUGUGUUGAGUUAAAACAAGACUUCGGUGGACUGCUUUCUCAUUCGGGUGCAUUUCCUUCUACUCUGAGAAGUAAAUUGCAGAGAAAAAAUCAGAGCAAAUCAAGCUAUGAUUGCAAAAUAUGUGGGAAGAGUUUUGUGUGUUCUCAAGCUCUAGGUAAUCACAAAAGAGUUCACAGACCGAUUAAAGGGAAAUUAGCGCGUAAAAGGAAGUACACUGAAGACUAUAAUCCACUGUCUGACUCAGUAGAAGCUAAGAAGAUUGUUUUGGAACCAUCAAUCUUUGAAGUCUCUCCGGAUGAGAAAAGCUUACAUUGUGUUGAGUUAAAACAAGACUUCGGUGAGCUGCUUGCUCACUCGGGUUUCGACAAGUCUAUUAGUUGCAGUAACACCAGGUUCAUUCCAUUACCUUCUUCCCCAAGAAGUAAAUCACACUCCAACAUAUCGAUCAAAGGGAAAUUUCCGCGUAAAAACGAGGAUACUGAAGAUGGUAAUUCACCCUUUGGCGUGAAUGACUCAGAAGCUAGCAAGUUUGCUUCACUAUCAUCAAGCUUUGAAAUCUAUCAGGAGAAGACCUUACAUUGUGUUGAGUCGAAACAAGAUUUCAGUGAACUGUUUUCUCACUCGGGUUUCGAUAAGUCUACUUGUUGAACAAUAAAGGAUAUGUUUGGAG